GUCCAGUACAGUUGGCUUCGAAGGAGAUGGAUUCAUCCGCGGAGGAUAGUGUUCUUCAUCGAAGAGAAACAGACAGAGAAUCGUGUCUUCGGCUCGAAUUUUCUAUCUAUAUUAUAUGCCCGGCCGUCGAAAGUCCUCACAACAGAGAGGCUCGUCUUUUUCAGGGGCGAUUACGAGAUCGAGAGCGGGCAACGCAACGAUACUGCUUCUGGUCCAAGAGGCAGACAGACAGAACGCCCGGCCGUCGAAAGUCCUCACGACAGAGAGGCUUGUCUUUUCAG